AUGCGUCCCGGUCAGCGGUGGUUGGCGAUCUGUCUACUCAUCACCACGUUCCACUACACAGAAAUGAGGCAUUCAGUCGACACCUUGAAUAUUGAGGACUCCGUCUUCCAUAAGAGAAACAGGCAUCACCACAGGCACAAACACAAACCUGGUCAAAUGUAUGAUCCAACAUUCUUUGCUGACAAGCCUGAGGAGUUCUAUCCAAUAUUCAAUUUAAAAGACGGAAUGCACUUAGUGGAUUAUGAGAUUACACCCAAGCAAGAAACGAAGAGUGAUUGGGUGAACAUGUCCAACGACCAAGUCGGGGAGAUCAAGGACAAGAAACAUCAGCACUGGCCUAUAAAGAGAGAGGCAGUGAUUGAAGGAGAUUUGGUGCUGGGAGGGUUGAUGAUGGUCCACGAGAGAUCAGAUAACAUGACGUGUGGACCAGUGAUGCCUCAAGGAGGCGUGCAGGCGCUGGAGACGAUGUUGUAUACUUUGGAUUUUAUUAAUAAUGACUUGAGACUGAUACCUGGCGUGACUGUUGGAGCUCAUAUCUUAGAUGAUUGUGAUAAGGAUACGUACGGGCUUGAGAUGGCUGUGGAUUUUAUAAAAGGUUCAAUAAGCAACAUAGACGAUGCGGAGUACGCGUGCAAUGCGACAGCUGUCCGGAAGGUGAUAUCUGGCGUUGUUGGUGCGGCCUCCAGCGUCACUUCCGUACAGGUCGCCAAUCUACUGCGCCUGUUCAAAAUACCACAAGUUUCAUUCUUCUCAACAUCACCGGAGCUGUCGAACAAGGCCCGGUUCGAAUACUUCACGCGCACGAUACCUUCCGACCACCACCAGGUGCGCGCCAUGGUGGAGAUUGUUAAGAAGUUGGAGUGGAGCUACGUCUCCAUCAUCUAUGAAGAGUCCAGUUAUGGAAUUAAGGCUUUCGAAGAGUUGGAAGCCUUACUUGCAAAGAGCAAUAUCUGCAUAGCAGUGAAGGAGAAACUGGUGAAGGACUCAGGAGUGGCCCACGAAGGUGCUUACGAUGAAAUCGUAUCCAAGCUGCUCACUAAACCCAGAGCAAGAGGAGCCAUCAUCUUCGGUUCAGACCAAGAAGUAGCAGGGGUAAUGAGAGCAGUGGAAAGAGCCAACGCCACACAUUCCUUCAGCUGGGUCGGAUCUGAUGGAUGGAGUGCCAGAUCCUUGGUCUCCGAUGGAAAUGAGCGAGCAGUUGAGGGCACCAUCAGCGUCCAGCCCCAGGCCAAUGAUGUGAAAGGAUUCAAGGAAUAUUUCUUGAACUUGAACGUGAAAAAUAAUAAGAGGAACCCUUGGUUUGUAGAGUUUUGGGAGGACCACUUCCAAUGCCGCUACCCUGGCAGCCUGAAGACUCCAUACAAUGGCCAGUACUCCAGGACCUGCUCCGGGAUGGAGAGGCUCACAGUCAACAACACGGAGUUCGAGAGACAGCUGCAGUUCGUCUCAGAUGCUGUCAUGGCCUUCGCGCACUCUAUACGGGACAUGCACGCUGCUGUGUGUGGUGGCCGGCCAGGGCUGUGUGAUGCCAUGCGGCCUGCCAGCGGAGCGGACCUGCUGCGAUACCUUCGGAAGGUCAACUUCACCGGUCUGACCGGAGACCAGUUCCACUUCGACGGCAAUGGAGAUGGACCAGCUCGGUACAAUAUCCUGCACUUCAAGCAGGUCAAGAGAGGCGUCUACCGGUGGGUCAACGUUGGGGAGUACCUAGACGGGGAACUGAAACUGGAUAUUGAUGAUAUCCAGUUCAAGUGGGGUGAGCGGCACCCGCCGGAGUCGGUGUGCAGCGCGGAGUGCGAGCUGGGCCAGGCCAAGCAGUACGUCGAGGGCGAGAGCUGCUGCUGGCACUGCUUCAACUGCACGCAGUACGAGAUAAGGUCCAUCGAAGAGACCCAAUGCACGGUGUGUCCACGAGGCACUCUGCCAAACCCCACAAAGACUGAAUGCCGUCCCAUCCCUGAGGCCUACCUGAGGCCUGACUCCGCCUGGGCCAUCGGUGCUAUGUCCUUCUCCUCCGUUGGAAUCCUGCUGACCGCCUUUGUCUGCGGUGUGUGGGUCCGUCACAGUUCGACGCCAGUAGUCCGAGCCAGUGGCAGAGAACUGUCUUACGUCCUACUAGCUGGGAUCCUCAUGUGCUACCUCGUCACCUUUGCGCUGGUCUUCCGACCGACUGAUAUCCUCUGCUCCAUACAGAGGUUUGGAACGGGUUUCUGUUUCACGGUAGUGUACGCUGCUCUGCUGACGAAGACCAACAGGAUCUCCAGGAUCUUCAAUGCCAGCAAACACUCCGCCAAGAGACCUAUCCUCAUAUCCCCGAGCUCACAGCUGGCGAUAUGUGCUGCUCUUAUAUCUAUACAGGUGCUGAUAGUGGUAGUAUGGAUGAUAGUGGCCCCAGCUAAGGCUAUGUUCCACUACCCUACGAGGGAAGACAAUAUGCUGGUCUGCGACUCCUACGUGGACGCCUCCUACAUGAUCGCCUUCUUCUACCCAAUCGUCCUCAUCGUCGUCUGUACUGUGUACGCUGUUCUCACCAGGAAGAUCCCCGAGGCUUUUAAUGAGAGCAAGCAUAUAGGGUUCACAAUGUACACGACGUGUGUGAUCUGGUUGGCGUUUGUGCCUCUAUACUUCGGCACGGCGAGCCAUGUCCCGCUGCGGGUCACCAGCAUGGCGGUCACCAUCUCACUCAGCGCCAGUGUCACGCUCGUCUGCUUGUUUAGUCCUAAGCUCUAUAUAAUCCUCAUUCGACCGGAGCGCAAUGUCCGGCAGAGUAUAAUGCCGGUCCGGUACAGCAGAAAGCCGCCUCCGGCACUGCCGCUGCCGCAUCCACCAGUCAAAAAACCGCCAACAGCGGACAAAGAGACGCAAACUGACCCAGCAGACUUCAAACACCUCAACGGACAGACAGUCCAGCCAAAGAACGAAGAGAAGAAACAAGAAGAUGCGAGCAAAGAGGAGAACAAACAAUGUAAUAAUGUUAAGCCAACCAAUCACAAGUCUAGCACCACCUCAGUAACCAAUGAGAAAGCAGAUACCUUAUAG